AUGCGCUCCACCUCCCUUCUUUCUCUCCACGACGACGUCCUUCUCGUGAUAUUCUCCCUCCUCGGCCGCAACGAUGCGCUCGCGACCUCUUCAACCUCCAGGCUCUUCGCCAACGUCUACUGGGACAGGGACAUUGAAGUAGACAAGGGGGACGCCUCCGAAGCCCGCGCACUUUCGCGGUACAUGCGCGCACCAGAGCCAUAUUCCAAAGUCCCCCGCGUCCAGCACCUCCGCAAUUUCACCCUCCACCACUUUUGUGACGUCGAUGUCCCUCCUCUGCGCAAACUUCUCAGCCAGGCCACCAACCUCCGCACUAUCGAUAUCCACAACUUCGAGCACUUCGUACACCAAGACCGACUCCUCGUAGAAGCUAUCGGCGCCAUGCACAAGCUCGAGCAAGCAAGCCUCAUAAAUAUCGGCCCUGAGACGGUGGCUUCUCUUUCGAAGAUGCUGUCCAGUCGGUACUUGACCUCCUUGACUCUUAAAUUAGACGAUGCGUCCUUCAGCCUCAGGCCUGGUGACAUGGACAUCGAAAAACUCAUCUCAGGCCUCGCCUCCAUGCAGAGCUUGCACACCCUCUCCCUCUUCUCGUACUUCGUGCAGACGGAUCCCCUCCGACUUCCUAAUGCAUUCCAAACCAUCCUUCCCUCCAUCCGCCACCUCUCUUUCUGCUGCUAUCUUCAGACCCCCCUCGGGAUCAUCACCCUGUGUCCAAACGUCACCACCUUGUAUCUUCGGCUGAUUGCGGGGCCUGGAGAGCGGCCUGUGACACUUCGCAUCGCAGAAGAAGACCGUUGGCCCACCGGACUCAAGCGGCUCGACGUCCCUUCCCCCGCGGUCAUCCCAGCUGCGAGGCGUGUCGGGCGCGUCGACUCGCUAGCAUUGGGGGAGAUCUCGCCGAUCUCCGACACAGACGACCUCUCCGAGUUCCUCCAGCUUCUCGUGGCCGUCCGGCCCACCGCCGUCAAGCUACACACUACACCCACGAUCGCAGACCCGGAUCGUGUUUGGGGCACGCUAUGUGGUGUCGCGCCCGGGCUGCGCUCGCUCGACAUCGUGGUCACGUGCGGCGAGUGCGAUGUGCGCGAAUACGUGGAUGACCCAGUGGACAGCUGGCGCGCGACCGAAGCCCGCCGCGUCGAAGCGCUCCGGCCGCUCCCUCCACAGAUCGUCGAGGCGCUUCCGACGCUCCGCGUCCUGGCGCUCUCCUCUUGUCUCCCCGGUCGACAGGCUUCGACACCAGACGAACGCGCGCCAGCACGAGGACCUCGACGAGGGGGUGAUGGCAGCGCUCGCGCGCGAAAACGAUGUGGAGCGGCGGUGGGGACCGACAGCGAGUUCGUGAGCCCCGCGCUGCGGAGGCUGAGGGAGCUGCGGACGGAGAUCCCGCGCGACGAGCGGUGGUGGUGGGUCGAGGGCGACGGCGCGGCGCGCACCCCGGUAGAGAUCUGGAGGGAGGAUGGGGAGAAGGCGCGCGAGCUCAUCAAAGACGCGAGCCUCGACCCUGCGAGAAGCCUCGACGGAUUCUAUUCCGCGAGGUGCCGGUAUGAGUGGUAG